AAAAGGUCGAACAUGACUCAACUUUGCUAUACUCUUCAUUGUCUGUUCCCCGUGAACCCGAUUAGCUUUCUAUAGCUGAUAUACGACAUGCCAACUGUAUACCUACUAGACUAUGUCGCGGGGAACAUUCGCUCUCUCGUCAAUGCCAUCGAGAAGCUAGGCUGGACAGUCGAAUGGGUCAAAUCACCAGCAGAUGUACCUAAAGCAGAGAAACUGAUCAUUCCAGGUGUAGGCCAUUUCGGCCACUGUAUGACGCAGCUCUCCCAAGCUGGUUACACCGAACCGAUCCGUAAACAUAUACAAGACGGGAAGCAUUUCAUGGGCAUAUGCGUGGGUAUGCAAGCCCUAUUCGAGGGAUCGGAGGAGGCACCAGAAGUGAAAGGCUUGGGUGUCAUACCUGGUCAAUUGAAGAGAUUCAAGGACAAAGACAAGAGCGUGCCUCACAUUGGCUGGAAUUCCGCAAACACUUCCGCUGAUGGAACUGUUACUGAAGACAGUCUAUUUGGAUUGCGACCGGACAGCAAGUAUUAUUACGUUCACUCUUAUGCCGCACCGUUUCCAAAUCCAGGACUAAAAGAAAAUGGCUGGGAAUACGCGACUGCAAGAUAUGGGAAUGAAGAGUUCGUAGGAGCGGUGGUAAAGGACAAUAUAAUGGCGACUCAAUUCCAUCCAGAGAAGAGUGGUGUCGCUGGACUCCGUGUUCUCAAAGCAUUCCUCGAAGGACAGAAAUUGAACAAAUUAGAGGCCACACCAUCGACAUCUGCAACAAAGGAAGGCCUUACCCGUCGCGUUAUUGCUUGUCUCGAUGUUCGAGCCAACGAUUACGGCGAUCUCGUAGUCACCAAGGGCGAUCAGUAUGACGUGCGAGAAAAAGACGGCGUUUCAGCAGGAGGGUCAGUCAGGAAUCUAGGAAAGCCUGUGGAUAUGGCGCGAAAGUACUACGAACAAGGAGCGGACGAAGUCACAUUCUUGAACAUUACAUCAUUCAGGAACUGUCCAGUCGCCGAUUUACCAAUGCUCGAGAUAUUGCGAAGGACUUCAGAAUCUGUAUUUGUACCCCUGACCAUAGGCGGAGGCAUACGAGAUACAACGGAUACGGACGGUACGAAGAUCUCGGCUCUUGAUAUCGCUACGUUAUACUUCAAGUCUGGUGCCGACAAAGUGAGUAUAGGCUCAGACGCAGUGACUGCGGCAGAGGAGUAUUUUGCUCGCGGCCAGACAUUAUCAGGGACUACAGCCAUCGAGGCCAUAUCAAAAGCAUACGGAAAUCAAGCGGUAGUUGUAUCCGUAGACCCACGCAGGAUCUACGUCUCGAGUCCUGAAGUCACGCAACGAAACACUGUCCUAACCAAAUUUCCCGGACCAAAUGGAGAAAGUCACUGCUGGUAUCAAUGUACAAUAAAAGGGGGACGAGAAGGACGAGACCUGGAUGUAAAGCAACUCGUAACCGCAGUUGAAGCUAUGGGAGCUGGCGAAAUACUGUUGAACUGUAUAGACAAGGAUGGCACGAAUUCUGGGUUUGAUCUUGAACUCAUCAACUACGUCAAAGGCUGCAUCAAGAUCCCAGUCAUUGCUAGUAGUGGUGCUGGGAACCCAGAACACGUUGCUGAAGUAUUUGAGAAGACGCCUACUGAUGCAGCCUUGGGUGCUGGUAUGUUCCAUCGAGCAGAGUAUACAGUAAAACAAGUCAAAGACCAUCUACAGGGUCAAGGCUUGCUUGUUCGGCAAUUCGAAGACUCAAUAUGAGACUAUCGUAGGCCAGAAUGGUUUCCAAGCUACAUAACCAGGCCAUGGGUAGAUUGUGAUAGCAUCAUUAGGGGCAUGAAGAUGUCGUACACGAUGGACCAUAUACAGUCGUCCGAAAUGCACUGCUAGUCAACGUAAAAUUGCAAUCAAAGUCAAACACGAUGGUGUAGUACAG